AGAGAGCAUGAGAAAGGGGUAUUUCGGGCAGAAAAAAAAGCUUAAGGGAGAAAGAAUAUGGCUGCAGCAUCCGCUCCUCCCAUGGCCAGCCAGUGCAAGAUCUCUCUUCUUCAUGGUCGGGCGGGCCAGUUCGGGCCCAGGGGCAUUUCAGGAACUCCGCUGAGGGAUUUCGGCUCCAGGCGAAGGUCCUUCCUCGUCGUCCGGGCCAUUCAAGCUGAGAAGCCCACAUUUCAAGUGAUCCAGCCCAUAAACGGCGACCCAUUCAUCGGUAGCCUGGAGACCCCAAUCACCUCCAGCCCACUCAUCGCAUGGUACCUCUCUAACCUACCAGCCUAUCGAACAGCAGUAAGUCCAUUACUUCGUGGCAUCGAAGUGGGACUAGCCCAUGGGUACCUCCUCGUCGGCCCCUUCGUAAAAACUGGCCCUCUCCGUAACACCGAGUACGCCGGCACCGCAGGCUCACUCGCCGCCGCCGGCCUCGUCGUCAUCCUCACAAUCUGCCUGAGCAUGUACGGAAUAGCAACCUUCAACGAAGGCGAUCCAUCAACGGCUCCAGCGCUGACACUCACAGGUCGGAAAAAGGUGGCUGAUAAGCUACAGACGGCGGAGGGCUGGGCACAAUUUUCCGGCGGUUUCUUCUUUGGAGGCAUAUCUGGUGUAAUUUGGGCUUACUUUCUCCUUUAUGUUCUUAACCUUCCAUACUACAUCAAGUAGAUUUUGCUUGCUUUAGCGAUUGGAAUAAUGUGUAUGUAAUGAAUUUAUAUUGCUUUGGUG